GCUGAGGCAAGGUACAGUGAACCACAACAAUGUGAAAGUUAUGUUCAGAUGAGAAAAGGUACACGAGUCGAAAGGAAGUUUUGUUUGGCACAUUACAAUGGGUCGACAGGUGCAUUAAAAAUGCACAGGUAAUUUAUAGCCUACAUCACCCGGCCACACUUACGGACCUUAACCUCUCCGCGGCAGCCAGGUUACGUCUCUGGGGGGGACGAACCGAGUCUUCGUUCAGAUCACAGUAAUGGCCUCGGACUAAUAAAGGAUUGGUUGAGGUACAAAGCCGUUCCCGGAGGCAGAAAGACAAAACUAGCCCGUAAAAAGAAGAGAAACGACAGGUGGAAAGAUGUCGGGCUGAAGUUAUCUUGGCUAUACGUUGCCCUUUCUACGGCGAUAGCAAGCCAGUUUGCUUGCUAACAGACUACUGGCUGGCUGGAUACCCAAGGAAGGAAAGAGGAGACAGUCUGUCUACUUUUUUCUUCUACUUUUGGAAGAAUUUUCUUGCUGGAUAAAGUUCAAAUUGGAAAACAUACCGACACGCCCUGGGAUCCAUAGAGCAGUACCAGCGUCUGGACCCUCCUCUGCUCCGUAUGAUAUGACAUCACCCUGCGGUUGCCACAGAAACCAGGGCUGCCCUGCAGACGGUUGACAGCCAGGUAGCUGUCGUAAGGAUGGCUGCUCAGGUGGAGCUGGACGCGGGCAGGACAGGUGUGGUGGGAGCGCGGCUGCACCUGAGCCCCCUGGCCGACUCCAGCAACACAAGCCUGAUGGAGAGCCCCGCCUGCCCCCAGGGCGUCCUCAUCCUGACCCCUGAGCCCAGCAAGCCCGCCCCAGGGCCUAAGCCCCGCCUCACCCCCAAGCCCUACGCCGUGGAGAAGAACCCCACCAUCCGGCCCAUCCUCGCCCCCAAGCCUCAGCCCAAACCUCGCCCGGACUCCACCCGGCUGUCGGUCUCCAAGCCAGAUCCUCCCUGCAUGCCGAAGCCGCCGCUGGCUAGUGCUGCGGCUAGCAAGCCCCGAUCAGUCUCCACCGGCAUCCCCAACACUGCCGCCAGGCCGACGCCCUCCACCUUCUCCACCAAGCCGGGGUCGAAGCCCAACUCAGGCCAGACCAGCAAGCCCUUGGCCCAGCCUUUCAAACCAGCGCCACCACUCGCCUCGGACGAACCCAGAAAACCCUCCCCCUCCCAGAUGGCCAAGAAGCCCGCAGUAGCCGGACCUGCAGUGCCUCAAAAGAGAGGGGGCGUUCAGACAGGCCGGUCUGCAGCGGAGUGGUCGGGACCGACCCGGCAGAAACCGCCGGGCUCCGCCAUGACCCGGGCCAAGUCCCUGGGCUUCCUCACAGAGGUGGGCCUAACGGAGGCGGUGCCAGACACCAGCGCCAGAGAGCCAAAUGGAGGCCGCGCAGCCAUGGAGGUGGCCGCUGCCCCCGUGCCUCUCAGGCCUCAGGGCAGAGGCGGCCGGCCCCGGCCCAUGUCGGCCAUUUUUUUACCCAACUCUUCCUCUCCAGACGCCCAGAGCUCGGGCAGCGGCAGCGGCGGACCCCGCUGGAGAGGGCGGCGGCCACUCUCCGCCGACCUCACUUCCAGGUUCGAGAUCGCAGGGUUCACUGUGCACCAUAGAGCUGCCAGCAAGGAGAACUUGCCAGAACCGACACGAGGGCAGCAGCAGGACCAAGAGGAGGACGAGGAUGAGAGGACUAGAACGAGAGGUGUGACCAGGAGUGGAGAGAAAGACAAAGAGAGAGGAAGCGGCGAUGGCACGGAGGACAAGAGCAAGGUGUCCACCACGCAGGAAAUAGGUGAAAGCAGGAAGCAGGAAGCGGGGGAGGGCCAGGAGGAGGUGAAAGGCGGAGGGAGCAUAAAGAGGAGGAUCAGUCUCCUGUUGGACUCCUCCAUGCUGUCCGUGCCCGGAGGGGGCCGGACGUCUGCCGACGGGGUGGAGACUCGCUCGGCGGCACAGCCAAUCCCGGAUGUCCCAGACAAAGCCAUCGGAGUGAAGCAGCGGAUCCGAAAGCUGACGGAAGACACGCCCCUCUCUCAAAGCCCAUCUCAGAAGCCUGUGGUUAAGCCACGCCCCCUCCCAAGAGACCUCACCAAGCGCUUUGGUUCAGAGAAGUCCAUUGAUUCCCCCACAACUCCAACAAGUGAGAGUAAAGGUCUUGUGGACAGUGAAGGAGACCAGCACAGAAAGCCUGGAGACUCAACCCUCAGUGUCCAAACAAAUCAUGAAGGCGACAGGAAGGAGGUCCUACAGGAAGUCCAUGACCAGCCCGACCCAUCUUCUUGGAGGCCCACUGAAGGGCGCAGAUCAGUUAGUGAUGCCCAGGGGGCGUGCCCCAGCGGCGGGGUGCAGACAGUCCGAGCGGCCCUCUUUGAGAAUGUGGUGGAAAGACACAAUGUGCAGAUGGUGGAGGAUGGGAGAUCUGGGGCCCCUGGAGCAGCAGAGGGGGCAGCAGGGAAACACAAGCCUGGCAGGAGCCUCUCUUUGCGGGGCAGAGGAGACCUGCAGGCCCGCCCUGAGGCAGACGAUGAUGACGGUAGUCUGGUCAUGGCAGUCUAUUGUGAAUCGGCAUCCCCUGCCAACCUGGAGCGUGUGGAUCACGUGUUUGAGACCGUGUCUGUCACAGGUGAGAAGUGGGUCACGAGUGAGGAGGUGCCAUUGGCUCAGCUGGAGGAACGGGCCCUCACGUUACGCACACGUCGCUCAGAGGCCGGACUGAGGGAUAUCAAUCUCACUUCCCGGCCUGAUGAGAGAGGUCAAGACCAGGGCCCGAGUGAACACCCACUAGGGCAGGAAGAUGGUAACCUUCGCUACCUCAGAGUUGGGUCCCUGCAAAGGUGGGGCGUUGUGGAUGCCACAGAGCGUCAGGGUGAAGCGGAGAGAGGGAGGAAGACUGACAUGGUGAGGAUGAUGGAGGAAGAGAUCCAGAGGCAGAUGGAGGUACACAGGGCCGCAGCAGCUGAGCUGGAGGAAGACGAGGAUGAAGAGGUGGAGAAGAACCUCCUCGCUCAGGUAGAAAACAAACAGGUGGACGUACAAAGGGAGAGAGAGCGAGAAAUAGAGAGUGAGAGAGAAGAGGUUGCAGCACCUAAACGACCCAAAAUGCUUGAGGGUGAUGAACAAGCGACCAAACCGAGAGCUACGUACUUCGCGCUCACCGGACAGGUACAGGAACCAGGAUCUCAUCUAGAGGGAGGACUUGAGAGGUCAUUCAUGGGAGGAGAGGGGAGGGUGGUGUCUGUUAACAUGCCUUAUGAGGACUUCUCAGUAAGGUCCGGGAAAAUGGAUUCACAGGGUAAGGUGAUCCCGCUACGCAGGAACCCCUCCCUGGAUGCCGCACUCAGGAAGAGCACUCAGCAGCCAGAGCCCCAAUGGAGAGAUGGAGGUGGGGGAACAAGGGAACAGAAAAACAAAGGAAAGAGGGAUCAGAGAGUCGUAGACGAUGCGAUGGAGGCAGAGAGACGCAUGCUACAGGAGUUUGAGAAGAAGAGGGAGCAAGGAAGAGAGAAGGAGAGGCAGAGAGAGAUGGAGAGGAAGAGGGAAGCAGAAAGGGAGAAGGAGAGACAAAGGGAGCUGGAGAGACAGCGGGAAGCUGAAAAAGAGAGGCAGAAGGAGAUCGAAAGACAAAAAGAGCUUCAAAGGCAAAAAGAAUUGGAGCGGCAAAAAGAUCUGGAAAGAGACCGGCAGAAACAGAUCGAGUACGAGAAACGAAAGGCCGCAGAAAAAGAACUGGAGCGACAAAGAGAAGCAGAGCGGGAACGACAGAAGGAGUACGAAAGGGAAAAGGAGCGGAUGCUUGACCAGGAGAGGCUUAGGCUGCGAGAAUUUGAGCGCCAGAGAGAGUUGGAAAGACAAAAGGAACUGGAAAGACAGCGAGAGAUUGACAGGGAAAAACAGAGGCAGCUGGAAAGGCAGAGGGAAAUAGAGAGACUGAAACACCUAGAAUUGGAAAGACAGAAGGCAUUGGAAAGAGAGAGGCAAAAGCAAAAGGAACUUGAGAGGCAGCGGGAGUUAGAGCUUGAAAGACAGAGAGAGAUAGAAAGACACAGAGAGAUAGAAAGACAGAAGGAGAUGGAGAGACGACAAAAGGAAAUGGAGCGACAGAAAGAAUUGGAGAGACAAAGAGAACUGGAGAGGCAAAGACAGCUUGAACAGGACAGACAGCGAGAGCUUGAAAAACAGAGGCAGAGGGAACUUGAGAAACAGAGAGAGAUUGAUAAACAAAAAGCCAUUGAGCGUUGGAAAGAGGGCGAAAAACAGAAGGAGAUUGAGAGAGAGAGACAGAGAGAGCUGGAUGAAUUUGAAAGACUCAAGGAGCUGGAGAGACAACGCUUGCUCGAAUUUGAGACACAGCGGCAGAAGGAACGUCAACAAGCAGAGCAAGAGAAGCAACGCAAGAAAGGGAAGGAAGAAGAGUUGGAGAGGAAGCGACAACAUGAGCUGGAACGACAGCGAAAAGCAGCAGAGAGGGAGAAGAGGAGUAGUGAGUCUCCCCUCAGACCCAAAGUGCUGGACUUGGAUACUGUGAACCUGGGUGAUCGAUCUGGAAGAACCCCCAUCACACCCACUGAGCAGCAUCCUUCAGCCCGCUGGAAACAGCCCUCCCCUCGGGCAGAGGAGCCAUACCGAUUGGCCAUCCUGGACAUUGACUCCUUCAAGAACCAAGCCCAGUCAUCUCCCUCUGGGGAGAUGUUCCCAGUGGCAGGAUUCCAGAACACGGAACCUUCUGGAACUCCAGUGAGAACACAAGCUCAGCCUCAGACCCCCGAAUGGGCUAAACCCCAGCCCUCUUUUCCACAACAACAGCAAACACAGCUUCAGCCUCAACAGCAAGCACAGCCUUGUCCUCUACCACAGUACCAACCCCCAACUCAACCCAUGUCUUUGGACUGGACCAGAGUCCAACCUGCAACCCACCAGCAGCACCCUCAGUACCAACACCAACCUCAGCCCCAAUUCCAACCUUUCACUCCAGACUGGACCAAAAUUCAGCCCAUGCCUCAACAACUCCCACAGUACCACCAUCAUCAAACACAAACGCCCCCCACCCAACAUCCACCCCAGAACAACCAUCACCACACACAGCAGCUUACUCCAGAAUGGACCAAAAUCCAGACACCUCUCCAGCCACAAACACCGUCUCUGCUCCAAACGCAACCCCAGCCACAGCAGGCGCAGCCAGCCAGCUUAGAGUGGGUGAGACCUCAGGCCGUACCUCAGACUGCUCCCCAUUCCCUCCCUCAGCCCAUGGCACCACUCCGGGCAGGUGACCGGGGAUUGGGCUCAGGCGAGCUGGAGUGGUUGACGGCUGGGACGAGGAGUACCACGGGGACCAACGUAGCAUGGUCAUCAUCCCAGGCUGACGUCUGGCAACCAAGGCCAAGGGAUGAGGUCCUGGUGGAUGACCCCUGGGUUCUGGCGGAUAUCUCCAGAAGGCCUGCCGCUGGCGCCAAAACCAGCAUGGACCAGAUGCUGCAGAGGCAGCCAGAGAGACCUCAGGCAGCUCCACUGAUACCGUCACUUCCUCCUCCUCUGAUUCCCACCCCAGCAGUCACCAUGACCCCCAUGUUGUCUCCAUCCCAGUCUUUCAAUCCUGUCCCAGCAGCUAUUGCCCCUAACCUAGCAUUAUACUCUGCUCUGACCCCACACACAACUCCUAUAGUCCCCUCACAUACACCAGCCAUGCUUCCUGACAGGCGGUGGGUUGGCUUCCCUACGGAGAGUGACUUUGCUGGGGCAUCGCUGCCCUACCAGUCCCACUCCUCUGCAUCCACGCAAAGGAAAGAGACCUAUGGAGGGCAGGACUUGAGUAUGCGGAGCAUGGGGCAGCAGGUUGCAAGUACAGAUGCGGGUGUAUCUGAGCCCAUGGCCUGGGAGCUGGCCUCUCAGGGGCAAAGACCAGAGGGCAGAACGGUGCGAAGGGAGUCGAGCCAGCAGGAGCUAUCUCGGAUGCGCUCCAGGAGCGUGAGCCGGCGUUCUGCACCAUGCGAGAGUUCCGUGGACGCACCGAUGAACCGCAUGAGGAGCCGCAGUGCGCACAGAGAGAAGGGACGGCAAAGCUGGGGGGAGCAGCUGAAGCAGUGUGUGAGCGGUGAGCAGGAGCCAAAGGACACCGACACCCUGGUGCAGGAGACAGACAGCCAGUACGGCACCUGGGAGACGGGACUGCGCACGGACGACAGCCUUACUCCAGCCACACCAUCCUCAGACGGCAUCCUCACUCCAUCACCACGGAAACCCACACCGCCACACACUCCAGGGGAACAGUCUACGCCCACAGACACUCCAGAUGGCUCCACCCCCCUCCCCAGGGGAGCCUGCAGAGCCCCUCCCCUUCCCUGAGUCGUCCAUGUCUCUGCUGGACUCCAGCGCCCUGCGUUCCAGAGUGCAGCUGAGUAAGAAACGCAACAGGAGAGCCCCUCCCUCUAGAGCCGCCCGCCACAGCGCACUGCUGUCUGUCCUUCCAGAAAAUCAGUACAAAGAC